CAGCGCUCCCUCUGCCCACGUCUCGCCCAGCCAUGGACCACCAGGACCCCUACUCCGUGCAGGCCACGGCGGCCAUCGCGGCGGUCAUCACCUUCCUCAUCCUCUUCACCAUCUUCGGCAACGCGCUGGUCAUCCUGGCUGUGUUGACCAGCCGCUCGCUGCGCGCCCCUCAGAACCUGUUCCUGGUGUCGCUGGCCGCCGCCGACAUCCUGGUGGCCACGCUCAUCAUCCCUUUCUCGCUGGCUAACGAGCUCCUCGGCUACUGGUACUUCUGGCGCAGGUGGUGCGAGGUGUACCUGGCGCUCGACGUGCUCUUCUGCACCUCGUCCAUCGUGCACCUGUGCGCCAUCAGCCUGGACCGCUACUGGGCCGUGAGCCGCGCGCUGGAGUACAACUCCAAGCGCACCCCGCGCCGCAUCAAGUGCAUCAUCCUCACCGUGUGGGUCAUCGCCGCCGUCAUCUCGUUGCCGCCCCUCAUCUACAAGGGCGACCAGGGCCCCCAGCCGCGCGGGCGCCCCCAGUGCAAGCUCAACCAGGAGGUCUGGUACAUCCUGGCUUCCAGCAUCGGAUCGUUCUUUGCUCCUUGCCUCAUCAUGAUCCUUGUUUACCUGCGCAUCUACCUGAUCGCCAAACGCAGCAACCGCAGAGGUCCCAGGGCCAAGGGGGGGCCUGGGCAGGGUGAGUCCAAGCAGCCCCGACCCAACCGUGGUGGGGCUUUGGCCUCAGCCAAGCUGCCAGCCCUGGCUUCUCUGGCAUCUGCCAGAGAGGUCAGUGGACACUCGAAGUCCACUGGGGAGAAGGAGGAGGGGGAAACCUCUGAAGAUACUGGGACCCGGGCCUUGCCACCCAGUUGGGCUGCCCUUCCCAACUCAGGCCAGGGCCAGAAGGAAGGUGUUUGUGGGGCAUCUCCAGAGGAUGAAGCUGAAGAGGAGGAGGAGGAGGAGGAGGAAGAGUGUGAACCCCAGGCAGGGCCAGUGUCUCCGGCCUCAGCUUGCAGCCCCCCGCUGCAGCAGCCACAGGGCUCCCGGGUGCUGGCCACCCUACGUGGCCAGGUGCUCCUGGGCAGGGGCGUGGGUGCUAUAGGUGGGCAGUGGUGGCGUCGACGGGCGCAGCUGACCCGGGAGAAGCGCUUCACCUUCGUGCUGGCCGUGGUCAUUGGCGUUUUUGUGCUCUGCUGGUUCCCCUUCUUCUUCAGCUACAGCCUGGGCGCCAUCUGCCCGAAGCACUGCAAGGUGCCCCAUGGCCUCUUCCAGUUCUUCUUCUGGAUCGGCUACUGCAACAGUUCGCUGAACCCUGUCAUUUACACCGUCUUCAACCAGGACUUCCGCCGUGCCUUCCGGAGGAUCCUGUGCCGCCCAUGGACCCAGACGGCCUGAGCACACAGCCAGCCUUCCACUUUCCCAGGGGGGCCUGCUGCUGAGGAGGAGGAAGAAACCAAGACUGAUCACCCACGCUAGGCACUCGCGGUCCCUGGCAGGUGCUGGGAUGGGGGCUUAUGGGGUGGCACCGUCUCUGGGCUCUCCUUUCCCCCUUCACCUGUUUUUGGAUCUGUGGUUCCUUUCAAGGCCAGAACCAUGGAUCGGCUUCCUUACCCAGCACCCCUCUGGCAGGUGGGUGGCCACGUGGAUGCCUCGCUGGGGCGGUCUUGGAGGCCUGGUCUCUGCCUCGACGGGAGAUCCCCGAUCACUGGCAUUCACCCCCUGCAAAAAUCGGGGCGACGAUAGCUCGCCGCCUACUUGCUGCAGGGAGAUGAAAGGCUUUGCAGAAAGCUUUGAGCUCCGUGGGGGAAUGCACUAGAGAACCAAAAAUGUGAUUAUCCGGUGAUAUAAAAAUCCCUUUCCUCUGUGUUUACCACCACCUGUCUUCCUGUAGACUUUUGUUCUGUCCCUGGGCUGUGUGAAUUCCUUCCCAAACUGGAAGCGGGGAGUGGCAGACAGAAUCACUAUUUCAAGUUAAAGAUCUCUUCGAGAAUGUGUUCUUGUGGCUGCAAAGGUCUGAGUUAUUAUGCUACAUGACAGCGUUUCGACAUUUCACCUGCAGCCCCAAGAGGGUGUUUAGUGGCUUGGGCCUCCCCAGUGGGGGAUAAGUCCUUUGUCAGCAAGGAGGCAAUUUCCCCAGGACAGCCCACAAUAUCCAUGCCUUGGGAACAGUCUAAGAUGAGAGCCUGUGACAGGUGGCAGAGCCCCCAGGUGGGGUGCUGGCAUGAGAGCCUGGUGGGCCCCUAGGGGAGCCUCCCACUGAAGUGCCCAGCCAGGUCUCCAAGCCCCAAAUGAGUCUUUGUGAACCACAACUGAUCCCGCCAGGGGGGUGUUUGUGGACGGCCUCAGACACAGCCACGCUGCUCCCCCCACUCUGAUGGGGCUGUGCACUGAGGACCCCCGCUUCCUGGUUCUCAGUCCCACCCCAAAACCUGGCACUCAGAACAGCUGGAAGUGUGGAAAGGAGGUUUCCCAGCUGUAUCUUGGGGAGGGCCUGGCUUCAACGCUGGGCCAGCAGGCAUCUUAGCUUGGCAGAUGUGGGGGCAAUGGGCCAGAUGGACCUGCCAGAUUUGGAAGGGCACCAAGGGAGUUUUCUGGGUGUAGAGAGAAUGAAGGGGACCAAAAAGAGUCCUUCCUGGGGUGCGGGAGGCUGCCCAGCUCGGUCCUCGGUGGGUUGUUAUGAGGCCAGAGCAUCGCCCCGGGAUGUGGUGGGGAGCUGGGCCAGGGGAGGGACUGACUGUGACCCUCUGCUGGCCAGUCUUGUGUGCGCCCCAUGGGACCCCCGUGACCUCUUAUUGCGACAUGCAGGUUUUUUUUUUUUUUAAACUCUGAGCUAUUUUAUCAAUAAAGGAUAUUUUGUAAUAAG